AAUAGCUGCAGUCAAGACAUCGAAGAUCUCAUCUUGUUCGUCAAGAAAGCGCUGAACAUCGUCUAUGAAUGCAAAAACAGCUUCACGGUAGUUGUGAUGUCCAAUCGAGGCCUCCUGCUGCGAAACAUAAGCACUCGGGGAUGGCGGCACAGAUUCUUCUACUCGCCUGGAACCUUCCGAUACAUCUUGUUCCGAGAUAGCUGCUGACGGAGGUCGCGAUGUCGUUUCACCAGAAGAAGUCAACUUUUGACGGCGAGCUGCCAGACGAGCUCGGAGCUGUUCAUACGAGCGGGUGAUGGCAACUUUCUCCUGGGCUGAGACUUGCAGACGGGAUUCCGCGUCCUGAAGUCGAGUGCGCAGCUCAUUCCUUUCAGCCGUCAGCAUGUUCAGUUGAUUGCUAAGUUUGGACAUUUCUUCAGUAUCGUGAAUGGAGGAAGAUGCCGUCGAGGUACUCUGAUGUUUCAAGCGUUCCUCGAGUUCUUUUCGUUCCCUCUCCAUCACCCUCACUUUGUUCUCUGCCUCUCCAAGACGAUCAUGGCUGUUUCGCAUCUUCUCAACUUCUUCCUCAAGUUCCAAUCUCUCCCUUUCCAACUGAUCGACAACGUUUUGUAAUCGCUCAGCUUCCUUUUGAUAGUUCUCAGCUUGGAGACCGUACUCAUCGACUGAGUCGAGAAGUCGAGCCUCGCUAUCCUUCAGCAGGGAGUUUUGCAAUUCCUUCUCUUCAAGUUCUCGUCGUACUUCACUGAGUAUCUUCUCUAGCCGCUCCCACUGAGAAGCAUUUCCGUGGACCUCGUCGUCGGAACUAAGUCCCUUUUGCUCACAAUGCGAUAGCGUCUCUUGCAGCUGACACUGCAACUUAUUCAGUUCGGCCUCUGCUUUUCUUAAGCGUUCAAGUAAUGCAGAAUUUUCUGCCUCAACAGCCUUAAGCGCUAUCUGGGCGUCCUCGCAACGUUUCUUGGCUUCCUCGUGCAAGCCCGUGAGUUCCGUAUUGUUUGCUUUCUGCAGCUGCAAUUCGAUCUUCAGAUCGUCGCAUUUCAUCUCACACGCCAUCAGUUGCUCUUCCAGACGGAUCUUCUCGUUUUCCGCGCUAGAGAGCUCGUUUUGAAUUCUUCGGCGCUCCUCGCACAAGGUCUCAAGUUCCGACUCGCUCCGUUGAUGCUCGGCUUCCACCAGUUCUGUUCGCGAAGCUAUAGUUUUCCGAAGACGCUCAUUCUCAGAAUUCAGUUCAUUGAGCUGAAUAAGCUGCUUUUCAGCAGAUUCCAUUCCGUUGAGAAGCUUCUCUUGGAGAUCAUCAACUUGACUUCUCAACGUUGCAGCAACCUGUCGUAAAUUUUCUGCAAGUGCCUCCGCCUCUUCCCUUCGUUGACGUUCUUCUUCCAACGCACUCUCUAUAUUUCUGGACGCCUGCUCAUCAGAAGCUGGUAGAUCAGAAUUUUUUUGUAAAUCAGAUCUCUCAGGACCAACUGCCUGAAGACGUUCUCGCAACAUCGCCAAUUCCUUUUCAGCAUCCACCAGAGCACAUACCUUCUGCUCGAUCUGCAGCUCCAACUCGGCAAUACGUUGAUGAGCAUCCAAUCUUGACUGCUCCAACUCCUCCUUUCCUUCAUCAGUUCCGCCAUCUGCGCUAUCCCAUUCGUCACCCCAUGCGUUUUCAGUUUUCGCUUCCAACUCAGAAACUCUGUUCACCAGACGUUGUUGUUCUUCACUAUACACUUGGGCUUGUUUCUUCAUCUCUCUCAACUCCUUUUGCAGCGUGUUGACCUGCUCCGUGGCGUCCUCUAGCUCCUCUCGACAGGCAUCAGCAGUACUCAGUUCUUCCUCCAGUGAUCUGAUUCUGCUUUCCUGCGCUCGUAUCGUCUCUUGCUGUUGACGCUCAAUCGAUUCCAUUUCCGAAAGCCUGUCUCGCAAAGCAGAUGUAUCAACAGUGACUUCAGGUUGGGCAUCAUCCCAGCCCCACUGCUGUUCUGGCUUGUCUCCGGCCGCAAACAACUCAUCUUUUUCUCUCAAAAGUUGUUGCAGUGCCUGGAAUUCUUUCACAACAGCACUCAGCUCAGUUGGGUUCAACUUCUGUUCUGUCAACUGCUUUCGAAUUUUCUCCAGCUCUUCCUUCACUUUAGACAGUUCAGUGACGCUUCUAAGGUGUUGUGCAGUGCUGCUCGCCGCUUCCGAUCCCCACUCGUCUUCAUUUGACUUUUCAGCAUGCUGCUCACGUGUCUUGCAGGCAGUACACAACUGACUGCUGUCAUCAAUGUCACUCUGAAUGGAGACAUCAGCUUGUUCCACUUCUCUCGAGCUGGGUUGUUUCUCAGCUUCCAAUGCCUCCACUUUCUGCCUUUCGCUAAUAAACUCCUCCUCUGUUUCUUGAAGCUUCUCCUCCACCUCAAGCAGCUGAUCUUCCAAGCACAUGAUUCGCUCAUUAAGCAGUUUUUCGAUAGCCUGCAGUCGUUCAACCUGAAACACACAUAUGUUCGUCAAAGUAGUGAAACUAGGCAAUGGGUGAAGAUUUGUUCAACAAACCUCCUCCUGCAAUCCAACAGAUUCUUUCAGAGACUCCUCCAAACUUGUUGCUGCAGACAAGCACUCUGCAGGUCGGGACAGUGUCUCAGGUUGCUCUCGUGUCUGUAGCUGCACAUCAGCCUGCCGACUGGACCUAUCCUUCUCAGAAGCAAAUUCUUCGAGUUUCUGCUCUGUUUCGUUGAGAAUGGAUCUAACUUCUUCCAGUUGCCGUCUGAGUGACUCUUCAUUGUUUCGCGACGCAGACAAUUCGGCCUGCAAAUCGCGAAUCCUAAUAUCCUGAUCACUGGUGGUAGCCCUCUCUUCGGUCUCAUCCAGCUCGUUCUGCAAACGGACGUUGGUGUGCACCAGCUCGGCAUUGGCACGGAAGAGCGCAUCGACGUCUGCUUGGCGAGUUGCCAACUUGGCAGCUAAAAUGGCCAGCUCAAUGCGUAGUCGCGAUGUCGCCAGAGCUUCGAGUCUCCAUCUCGAGACAUUCGGCCAAACGACGGUUGCUUUCAUUUUCAGCUUCUGCUGCCUGUCGGGACGCUUUUUCUGUCAACUCCGUCUGUUCGGAAAGUUCACAAUCAAGAGCAUCGGCUCUCUUCUUCUCUGCUUCCAGCGACGUAUCCAAUUGCACCACACGAUCCUGCAGUUGUUCUCGAUCCAGGAUAGACGCUUUCAACUGGCUGUUCAAGGACCAAAUUUCGCCUUUGAGGACUUCGACUGCAUUCUCAAGUUCCGUUUUUAACUGCCACAUCUUUUCAACGUCCUGACUAAGGUCGUUCUGCAUCUGACUCGUCUCGUGUAUACAUUGUCGAAGAAUCAAAUUCUCAGCGAACAGGUCGUUCCCAGUCGGCAAAGCAUUCGCUUCGACACCAUUAUCAGCCUCGGAUGAAGCUGGCUCUUCCGUCGACGAUGUCUCAGAUCCAGUCUUAUUGUCUGCUGAUUUCACAACAAGGCCAUGAUUAG